AUGGGUUUGAGUGGUCACAAAUUACUUUCCAUUCUAGUCUUUAGUGGUCUUGGUGUUUAUUCCGGGGUGAAGUUCUUUGAACCUCUUAUUGUUGAACAACUCCGUAAGGACGGAAACUUGAGAACCGAUAUUCCUAUCCCGGAGUUCGAUCAAAACGGUGACAAGAUCAUUAAUGGUGUGGACAAGAGCUUGGAGAUGGAGAAGCUUCGGGAAAAAUUGGAAGCCAAGAAAGAGUGA